AUGGCACCGGGAACUCCCCGUGAGCCCCGGUCCCAAGCCCCCACGGGUGACAUCCCGCUGGCUGCCGGCAGCCGAUUGCCUAACGGGGCGGGGGCAGGGGCUCCGUUCCAGUACCUGGCCGUGCAGAAGACGGGGGUGCGGCAGAGCGUGGGCCUGAUCCAACUGAACCGGCCGCAGGCGCUCAACGCCCUCUGCCAGGGGCUGAUGGAGGAGCUGCGGCAGGCGCUGGAGGCCCUGGAGAAUGACCCACAGGUGGGGGCCAUCGUCAUCACCGGCAGCCAAAAAGCCUUCGCAGCUGGCGCGGACAUCAAGGAGAUGCAGAACAAAACCUUCCAGGAGUGCUACAGCAGCGGCUUCCUCACCGGUUGGGACAAGGUCUCCACCGUCCGCAAACCCAUCAUCGCCGCUGUCAAUGGCUACGCCCUGGGUGGCGGCUGUGAGCUGGCCAUGAUGUGCGACAUCAUCUACGCUGGGGAGAAGGCACAGUUCGGGCAACCCGAAAUCCUGCUGGGGACCAUCCCAGGUGCCGGAGGGACGCAGAGGUUGACCAGGGCGGUGGGGAAGUCGCUGGCGAUGGAGAUGGUCCUCACUGGGGACCGGAUUUCGGCAGCAGAGGCGAAGGAGGCAGGUCUGGUCAGCAAGGUCUUCCCUGUGGAGAAGCUGCUGGACGCGGCCAUCGCCUGCGCUGAGAAGAUCGCCAGCAACUCCAAGCUCGUGGCUGCCAUGGCAAAGGAGUCAGUCAAUGCUGCCUUCGAGACAACGCUGGCGGAGGGGAACAGGACGGAGAAGCGGCUUUUUUACGCCACCUUCGCCACUGGCGACCGCAAGGAGGGGAUGACGGCGUUCGUGGAGAAGCGCAAGGCAAACUUCACCGACAGCUAA